UUCUUCGUGUUCUUCAGUGCCAAAGCACGAUGCGAAUACGAUAAAAAGAUUGGAAAAUAUCUACAUAGCUCUGAAAACUAUCUAAAGCAAAUAUUUAACUAUGUUUGCCAAACCUUAUAAGUUGAAAUCCAUCAAUACCCUUAAAAAUUGUGAUAAGAAGCAACUAGUGAAACGUAUGCAAGAUGAAUUCCCUCCGGCAGACGAGGAGAAGGUGAAGGAGUUGGUACCGGCGAAGUCGAAUGCUAUAUGCAUGAAAUUGGUCUUGCACAAUGCCGAGACGGUGAGCGUGUUCGCGGUAAACAGCGUGCCCAUCAUCAUAGACACGCCCGCCGGGCUCAUCCCUACCGUAUGCGCGCUCUGGAAGCUACACGAUCUGCUGCCUGUUGUCACUCUUUACUCACCUGUAUUGCCCAAAAUUCAGCGAGGAGCACCUUUAUAUUUGCCUGGAGUGGUGAUCCCGCAAUGCGGAGUUGGCUUUCCCAUGUUCAAAAGUGGCACAUUGAUUAUGUGCAAUACUCAGGACAACACUGCCGCUGCAGUUGUGGGUCGAACAUUGAUGUCCAGUGGAGACAUGCUGCUUAAAGCUGGAGGAGUGUGUCUGGAAACAAUCAAUGUGAUCGGCGACCUGCUCUGCAAGGAGCUGAAGUUCAAUAAAAUCGAGCGCCCGCAGCUGGGUAAUGCUAUAUACACACGCACCAUUAGCUCAGAGUCCACUAAUGUCCUUGCUGAGGAGAUUAGCACGCUCCACAUCCGUUCGUCCAGCCCGUCUCUGGACGAAGAGUGGCCCCGUCUCGAGGGGCGCUUGCCGCCUCUCGCGCCGCCACCCUCCGCGGCCCCCUUGCGCCCUCCGGCCUCGCUGACGCCGUCGCCCCCAGACAAAGCCGACGUCGCCGAGGUAGAUGAAGAUGUCACAGUGAAUGCAGGGACCGAGUCGGACGUUCCGGUGGACAUGGACGGCCUGCUGCGGUGGUGCUUGCUCGCCUUCAUUAAAUUCGAAAGCAAAAGUGUGGAGUUGCCGCUGAAGACCAACCUGCUUUACAAGAACCACAUGAUGCCCCUGUGCCCGCCGGGCCGCACCCUCGACGUGAAGAAGUCGUCGUACCGGAAGAUGGGCAAGUUCCUCGAGGCCAUGCAGAAGGAGGGGCUGCUGGAGGUGCGCGAGCUGGACAAGGGCGUGGCGGCCGUGGUGGGGCUGGCGGCCGCGCACCCCGCCGCGCGCGCGCUGGCCGCGCCC